CUGCACUGCAAAAAUUAUUCUUGCCUACCUUCGAGCAAGCAAGACGUGCAAUUACCGCAUUUAAUCGGUAGCGUUGAAAAAGCUAAAAGAAUUUUUUGUAUCAAAACGAACGCACGCAGUCGCCUUAAGUGCAACACAAAAAUAAAAGAAAGUGAAAUUCUUUGCGUAAUCAAAGUUAAUACUUAUUUUUCUUUUGCCAAUAUGAAAUUGAUGCUAGUCUUGAGUUUCUUGUGCCUGCUCGUCUGCAGUUUGGCUGCACCACAAGCUCCUGUGGAAAUUUUGGAACAGGAAGUGGACAAUAUUGGCAUAAACGGUUACAAGUUUAGCUACAAGCUAAGCGAUGGCACCACACGCACCGAAGAGGCUGUACUCAACAACGCUGGUACCGAAAAUGAAUCGCUCUCAGUACGUGGCAGCGUCUCAUGGGUGGCGCCUGAUGGACAAACUUAUACCAUUAACUUUGUAGCCGAUGAAAACGGUUUCCAACCCGAGGGUGCACAUAUACCGAAAUAAGAACACGAAAUUGUUAAUAAAUAUAUACUAAAUCAUGAACAAGGUACAAGUAUGGUAAAACGAAGAGAAAAAGCUAACUUUUAUAUGAAUAUAACGAACAGAAUGAAACAUUCAUAUUAACGCGAUUUAAGUAUGAAUGAAAGUCUUCCUGGUUGGAGAUGUGUUGAAUAAAGUUGUAAAUAGCAGA